AUGAUGGACCUGAAGGUGGACGAAGAGGAGGUGGAGAACGGGCAGCCGGUGAGCAUCGAGGCGUUCGCCAGCAAUUCCACGCUGCACGGCCUUUCGCACAUCUUCUCGUACGAGCGCUUCUUCGCCAAGCGCGUCUUCUGGACCCUUUGCUUCCUGGGCUCCUUGGCCAUGCUGGUCUUCGAGUGCAACGAAAGGAUCCAGUACUACUUCCUCUACCCGCACGUCACCAAGCUGGACGAAGUGGCCACUUCCCACAUGACCUUCCCGGCCGUCACCUUCUGCAACCUCAACGAGUUCCGCUUCAGCCGGGUGACCAAGAAUGACCUGUACCACGCUGGUGAGCUGCUGGCCCUCCUCAAUAGUCGGUAGGUCCCAGUGCGGCGGUUGGGCGAUGGCGCAGGGCUCCGUGCCCGCUGAGCGGGGUACCCAAGCGCACAUCGCUGCAGGUUGGCGUUCAACAGUUAGGGCACCUGUGGCCCUCGCACGGUGUGCACCCGAUGUGUAGGGGUGUGUGUGUGUGUUGGGGGACUUUGUGCACCAAAGUGUGUUCUAUGGACACGGUUCCCGGACUGGUGCAUAAAUGGGGAGUUGCCUGUAAUCGGAAUUUGCUAGCUUGACACCUUUUAAGAUGUGCAUUUUUGUAUGCCCGGCCACUUGCAUGGGCUACACCGCAGGCCCAGAAACACCCUACGUCAGGCUAGAUCCAGUGGCAUGCGCUGGACAUGCUGCACAUGUGGCUCCUUGCAAGUGCUGCACAUGCGGGUGAAACACCCCUGGCAACGUGGCACCAGGCACCCCUUUUUUCAGUCAUGUUCCUUUAAGACUCUUCAAAACUGAUUUAUUCCCCUACUGUGGAUACAGCUGUGAGCACUGCUUGCACUUCUGAUUGCUUCCUUCCAUCAAUGCAGCUUUUCACGCUUUUGUGUCUGAAGCCUCAUCACACACACACACACACACACACACUUCCCGGUACUUAACAGAGCCGGUCCCUAUGGGAACAGGGUAACGUUUACGACCAAUUGGACAGGCCCUGAAGAAGGCCCCACCCUGGCAUUCUUACCAGGCACGAUCCCUUACAAUUCUCUGCAGGUGUGUUCAAGGAGAUCCAGGGAUAAGGCCAUUAAAACUCACACCUGUGUGUGGCUCUUGCGAGAGGGCAAGAGACCCUUUGGGUUUUCUGGAAGGCUGGCUGGCACAGGAGUUAUGCAGCAGGAGUUUCUUUGCCUUGUCUCUGUAGCAGAGCUGUGCUGCAGCCGCUCUCUGCUUGUUUUAGUGACUGCUCUUAAGUGCUCCGGAGCACGAACCCUAAGGAAGAACCCCCAUGUGGAUUUCACCGCAUCUCAUCCAGGCACCUUUCUGCCCUCUGCUGGAGAGAAUCGCAACUCCUUGGCAGUGCACCGUGGUCCAAUUCUAUUCCCAACUGCCGAGGGAGGGAGGAAAGUCUUGUUGCUAAGUUUGCAUGGGUUUCUAAGUCAGGAUGGCCCAGAAUUCAGCUCGCUCAAAUGCUCUCACAUCCCUCUGACUCAACGGGGAUGUUGUAAAUCCAUUCUGUUUGGCAGAAUCUUGUCCUACCUGGUGCCUGAUUUUUUGAUUUGUUGUUGACCAGAAUCUUGGGCUGUAUAAAAAGGCAGUGUUGUGCAGAAUGGUCCAUUUUGAAUGGGGCUUCCUUUUUUUUAAAGCCUGCUCCUUAUUUCAAAGGCCACUGUGCCAUAACAUCUGGGCAGAUGGCCUCUUGUUUCAGAGCAUAAGAAACAUAUGAAGAUCCCAGCUGGAUUGGACAAGAAGUCCUAGUCCAGAGUUCCUUUUCCAUCCAUGGCCAGCCAGAAGCUUCUGGGAAACUUACAAGGCAGCAGCCCAUCCCUGGUAUCAAUGUCCCAAAAUUUUGGUAUUAAUGAAGUGACAUAACUGCAGCUGAACAUGGAGGGUCUGUUUAGCCGCCAGAGCUAAUAGCUGUGAUAGACAUCUCCUCUGUGCAUUUGUCUAAUAACUCUUCUCUUUCCUCACCCCGAGCUGUCUAAGCUAUUUGCUGUUUCUACACCUUGUGCCAGCACAACCCAUAAGUUAAAGUGGAGCAUUUUGUAGGCAACAGCUGCCCAGGGUCAGGCCGAUGGUCUGAUCCAUUCUACUUCCAGCAGUGGCCAAAUCAAAAUGGACCAGCAAGCUAAAAGAAUGCUGUUCCUCCUGGCUUGUCUCUCUAGAUGUUCAUGGUCUCUGGAACAGAAGUCCACAGUUUUUGACUGGGCUUGGCAGCUGUUGUCUCAAGUAGUGGGGCUCAGCUUUCUAGCUUCCUGGUCUAUGAAAGUAACAUAAGCAAUGCCCUUCUUUUUGUGAUCAUCUCUUGGCAAGGGGGUUUUAGCAAGGAAGAAGCAGCAGGCUGUGUGUGCACAUGUUUGAAGCAAUGGUUCUCUAAUGCAGUUCUCUAUGUGCAAAAUGUGCCAUCUGGUGAUGAAUCUGGAUUUCUGAGAAUUGUAGUAAAGUGAUAUUGUGGGUGGGGGUGGAGCCACAUCUCUCCAUCCAGCCUUAAUGAUCGUGAGGUCUCAUGAAAAGCCGGCAGUGUGAAGUCCCAAGGCCUGUGAUAAUUGCUGGUCUCGCUCUGCCUACUCCCGUGGGUUCCAGUUAUAUUCCUUCAGCCAUGCAACUUGCCUGCUGCAUCUUUCUCCCAAUGCACAGUUCCAUGCAAAAAUAUUUCAAAUUACGAUCCAAUGUGUGAUGCAGAACACUGCACACAAUUAAUCACAUUUAUGCAAAGUAAGCAAAAUGUACACAUGCCUUGUCAAAUUUGCUUGAUUUGAGAUUUUGUGUUGGAGAACUGGGUUUAUCUUAUUUUGCGUAACAUCUGAGUAGUUUUGUGGCUGGCCCUAGCCAUCUCUGAAAGUGGUAUCUUUUAUUUCUAUCAGGCGCUGCGGGACAGAUUCUGAUUCCCUGGUCCUUGAACCACUAGGGCCACUGGUAGGAGGAGGAGCUUAUUGCAGGCAGCUUGAGACUCUGUCAUCAUAACCUAGAAACCUCCUGGUCCUUGGAAUUGAGUCAGCCAGUCAGCCAGCCCUGUACUGCUGGCUGUUAAAAACUUCCGAGAUCAGCUGCGCUCUCUGAAUAAAUGGACAACUCGUUCUAGGUAACGGUGGGAUGGAUUUGAAGGUGCAAAAGGCUAGGACCCCACUGAGCAGAAGGAGCAUCAGGGUUCCCCAGUGCAGCAGGACUGACUUGCCAGAGUUUGCAAUAAGUUUAGUACCAUCCAAAACGGGGGUUGCCAACCUUUUGGAGCCCUCAGGCACCUUUGCAAACUGGAGAACUGUUGUGGGCAGCACACACACACACACACACACACAACAACAACAACAACCAAGCACAGCCUGCACUCUGCAAUAUUGCCUACAAUGGAAUAUUUCUUUCAAGUCUAAUUUCCUUUCCCCCCCUUUUUUAUUUAUUUUUUAAAAAUUUUAUUGAUACAGCAAGAAAAAAGAAAAAACACAAAUACCAAAUUACACACAGGAAUAACCAUAGACACAUAAUUUUCUUAACAAACAAUAAAACAUAUAUUGGUCUUGACACUAAAGACCCAACCUCCCGUCUAUUCCAUAUUUUGAUUUCAUAUUACUUAUUGCCAAUACACACUUUUAUCAUAAUUAAACUUUUUCUUAAUAUAUCUAAUUUCAACGGGAGGAGGGCAGGAGGCCUUGUGGGCACCAGGGAAGGCCUCUGUGGACACAUGUACAAUCACAGGGCGCAUGUUGGCAACCUGUGGCCUAAAGAGAGGCCAUCCCAUAAGAUCCUUUUUUGUCCAGGAUCUAAAGUUUCCCAGUUGCCCCACUGCCUCCAGGCUAUUCCUCUGUGCCUGUCUGCUCCAGGAACUUCCCAGUCUUCUGGCAUAUCAUUUAUUUUUAUUGACUACUGUUUUAUUAUUUGUUAAAUUUAUGUACCGCCCUUCUUCAAGAGAUCUUGGGGCAGUUCACAGAAUAAGACACAAGAUGAAACACAGUAAAUAAUUAAACCCAAACAACAAAACAAUAACCCCCUCCCCUUUCCACAGCUGCAUUUAAAAGGCUGUGCAAUAUUGAUCAGCCAAAGGCCUGGUUGAAGAAGAAUGUUUUAUUUUUUAAAAGAUGUAUUUAAGUUUUGAAACACAACAACACACAAGGGAAGUGGAGAGCAACAACUGUGUGGAGCACAUUAUUGCCGUUGGAAUAAAAUAAACAGAAGGUUACCUGUACUUUUGCAGACAUGUUAAUAAAACAGAUUCUGCAAAGGGACAUUUUGGAUGUAAGAGCCAGAUAUCAAUAAAGUAGCUUUGACAUAUCAUUAAUUUUUUUAAAAAACCAACCCAAAACAUUCACCGCUUUCCACAAAGAAAGAAAGAAAUGACUUUUACACACGGGUUAGCAACAAGAAAAAUAGCAACCACCACAUUCCAGGGACAAGCCAUGCUUAGUGGGCUUGAACAUCUGAGAUGUUGGCACAGUCCUGAGUCUGGCUCUUCCAGGGAUUGUGUGAGAAUAACAAUAGAAGCCAAAUUAUGUGUCAUCAUUCACAUAGGCUCCUUAAAGGUAAAGGGACCCCUGACCCUUAGGUCCAGUCGUGACCGACUCUGGGGUUGCGGCGCUCAUCUUGUUUUAUCGGCCGAGGGAGCCGGUGUACAGCUUCCAGGUCAUGUGGCCAGCAUGACUAAGCCGCUUCUGGCGAACCAGAGCAGCGCACGGAAACGCCAUUUACCUUCUGCCAGAGCGGUACCUAUUUAUCUACUUGCACUUUGGCGUGCUUUCGAACUGCUAGGUUGGCAGGAGCAGGGACCGAGCAACGGGAGCUCACCCCAUCACGGGGAUUCGAACUGCCGACCUUCUGAUCGGCAAGUCCUAGGCUCUGUGGUUUCACCCACAGCGCCACCAUAUAGGCUCCUUAGGCCAAUCCAUAUGCUACAUUUGCAGAUGUCACUGGCCCCACCCACUACUGAAUUCCUCCAUUACGUGCCCUACUGACAUCGUAGUUGUCCAUAAGGAAGCGGCUCAUCCCAUACCACAAAGGGGAUGCUUGAAUUCUCCCACAGAUUUCAUGUGCCAGAAAUGAACCUGAGCUCUGGGCAGAUGCGCCCAUGUUAGGGAAAGCGAAAGGUGUGAAAUACUUAGAGUCCUCAGGCAGAGCGGUAGAGAUGGGUGAAUCUGUCAAUUUUGGAUUCUUAUUUUUCCAAUCUUAAGUUUGGUUCUCCACAUCUCUGCCUUAGUUUGCGAAGUCUUCUCAAAAGUCAGUUAGCAGUCUAGUUCACUUUUCUCCAAAAUGACAUCUUUUUGCAAGCCAUUUCCCUAAAGAUAACGUAUUGUUUGCAUGUUUUCAUGAAUAUAUGCAUUUUUAUGCACACAGUCACCUGAUGUAUGCAUCUUUGUAAUAAUAUGUUUUUUAUAUAUACCCUGCUUGGUUUCCCCAGCCACUCUGGGCAGUUUACAGCAUAUAUAAAACAUAGUAAAAUAUCAAACCUUAAAAACACAUUUUGUUGUUGCUGCUCCUGGAGAACCACACUGCAAAAGUUGGAGAAGUGUGAAGGUCAGAGGAUGACUGCGUUUUGGUUCCUAAACUGUUUCAAGAAGUGCAAAUUGCCAAGCCAAAUUUCUUUCUAAUCCAUAUGCCGGGAUUUAGUUGGUUUGCAAUUAAUAAUAAUUUUAAAAAACCUAAACCAAAAUAACCCAAAUUUUCCAUCAGGCGCAGAAAAUUCCACAGCUGGCAUAGAUUUAAGCAAACAUGCAUAUAUUGUACAGUGGUAGCUCGGGUUACAUACGCUUCAGGUUACAGACUCUGCUAACCCAGAAAUAGUGCUUCAGGUUAAGAACUUUGCUUCAGGAGAAGAACAGAAAUCGUGCUCCGGUGGCGUGGCGGCAGCAGGAGGCCCCAUUAGCUUAAGUAGUGCUUCAGGUUAAGAACAGUUUCAGGUUAAGAACGGACCUCCGGAACGAAUUAAGUACUUAACCCGAGGUACCACUGUAUUAUAAAAAAAGCUCUAACUAAAAAAGAAAGAAAGAAAAUAAAUGUUUGGGGGAAGGAGAAAGAAAACCCCACCGCAUUUUUUGCCUUCAUUCCUGUUACUCAUGUAAAAAAACCAACCCACCCAGAUGUUAUACCUUUGCAAGUUGCAGUUGCAGUUUUUAAAGAGAAAAGUAACAGCAUAGUCUUGAGAAUGCCAGACUGCUCUUGGAAGGAAUUGAGACCCAUUGCAUAUUAUCUCAGAGGUAACACGGUGCUUUAAUUACACCAUGCUUUAAUUGCACAUAUGUCUGUGUGCUGCAAGCUUCUCACAGUCGAUUGCCUAUAAUGGCAAUGUCCCAGAAUACUUCAGACCCUACCCUUCCACGUUGCAGUGCUCCUAGACUGCCCUCUGUCUGGUCCUCUCUUGCACAGGGACACCAGAGGGCAUGGUGGCUCCCUGUGGACAUAGCAAACAACCCAGCAAACGGGGAGACUCGAAUGGACCCAUUUCUCCCCUUGGGACUGAGCUGUGCGUUUUCCUUCAGGUACGAAAUCCCAGACACCCAAAUGGCUGAUGAGAAGCAGCUGGAGAUCCUCCAGGAGAAGGCCAAUUUCCGCAACUUCAAGCCGAAACCCUUCAACAUGCGGGAAUUCUCCGACCGAGCCGGCCACGACAUCCAGGAAAUGCUGCUUGCCUGCACGUUCCGUGGGACGCCGUGUGACCCCAGCGACUUCAAAGUGGUGAGUCGCCGUUUCUCGGAUCCAGUCUCUGGAAAGCGAAAGGCUUUGACUGCUGUGAAACUGCUGGUAGACAUGGCUUGGUGCUCGUGUUGGGUGGGGAGGGAAAGUCUGUCCAUGGCAGGUGAGAUGAAACAGAGGCCAAAAUCUGUCAAGAGCAAGAGAGCGUGUAUAUACAACAAGCGUGUUAUCUCUGAUGGGCAGAGGGACACAAACCAUGUACAAAGGACCGAAGUCAGUCAGAGCCUAUAA